AACACACAAGAUAACAUAUUCCCACUUCUACUACUCUUGCCACCACCAUUCUAAAUACAUACAUACAUAUAUACAUUUUAUUUUUCUCUUUGAAAAUUUAUUUGCACAAUAAUAAUGGAGUCACGAGUGUUGUCCUCUGGUGCGAUCGGCAACAUUCCUAGGCUCGCUAUCAAACCGGCCACAAGGAUCAACAACGUCGGUGUUGGUUCGGCGGUUUCAUUCCCAGUGAGAAGGCUUGUGAAUAAUACAGAAGGAGGUAAUCUAGUUUGGGGACGACAACUUCGUCCAAAUUUACUAAACUUAGAUUAUUCUCACCCGACGAAACAUGCUGAUCAUGUUCUCAAACCAUGUCUUGCUGCUGCUAGUGAUUCAACUGGUGAUGCUGCUCCAACUGGCUUCUUGGCUAAGAACCCGUGGCUGGUUACAGGUUUUUUCUUCUUUAUGUGGUACUUUCUGAAUGUCAUCUUCAACAUAUUGAACAAGAAGAUCUACAACUAUUUUCCUUAUCCCUAUUUCGUCUCGGUGAUACAUCUGGCUGUUGGAGUGGUUUACUGUCUUGGUAGCUGGGCUGUUGGUCUACCAAAACGCGCUCCCAUCGACUCAAACCUUCUGAAACUUCUUAUUCCCGUGGCUGUAUGUCACGCUCUAGGACACGUCACCAGUAACGUGUCAUUUGCAGCUGUCGCUGUCUCGUUUACUCACACAAUCAAAGCGCUUGAGCCAUUCUUCAAUGCUGCUGCUUCUCAAUUCAUUCUUGGACAGUCCAUACCCAUAACUUUGUGGUUGUCUUUGGCUCCUGUUGUUCUUGGUGUCUCAAUGGCGUCAUUAACUGAGCUGUCAUUCAACUGGCUGGGCUUUAUCAGUGCCAUGAUUUCCAAUAUCUCCUUUACUUACAGGAGUAUCUACUCAAAGAAAGCCAUGACUGACAUGGACAGUACCAACUUGUAUGCUUACAUUUCCAUCAUUGCCCUCUUCGUUUGUCUUCCACCAGCCAUAAUUUUGGAGGGACCUCAACUUCUAAAGCAUGGAUUCAAUGAUGCAAUUGCUAAAGUGGGCAUGACUAAGUUCGUAACUGAUCUCUUUUGGGUUGGAAUGUUUUAUCACCUCUACAAUCAGCUUGCAACCAACACACUUGAAAGGGUGGCACCUCUUACACAUGCUGUUGGCAAUGUGCUAAAACGGGUGUUUGUGAUUGGUUUCUCAAUCAUUAUCUUCGGCAACAAGAUAUCAACACAAACAGCCAUCGGUACCUCCAUUGCCAUUGCUGGGGUGGCAUGCUAUUCGCUCAUCAAGGCCAAGAUAGAGGAAGAGAAACGGAAUCUGAAAUCAGCAUGAGGAUGAAAAUGGCAAAGGGGGAAAGGACAGGAGGGAAGGAAUGCAAUUAUAUUACUUAGUGUUAUUAUUUCAGCACGUAGCAAAUUUGCUACAAUUGUGAAGUUGUUUUCUUUGGUUUUUUGCGUCUACGAGAAUAAACAAAGGUGACUCUCAUGUAGACUCCAAUAAUGUAUCAUUCUAUCUCUUUUACUACCAAUAUAUCAUUUCUAACUCUCCUGAGUUUAGAGGA